AUGGCCCCUCACGCUCUCUCUUGGAUUAGUGUGCCUCUGCUUGUCUUGUUGGCCGCGUCGACAUCCUUUGCGGCGUCGAGGGGGGCUUGGGCACCCAAAACCGCCGACCCGGACGAUGGGUUCACGGCGGUGAGCCUCCACGAGAGCAACUUUGUGCUGCAGCGGCCGUUCGACGAGGCGAGCGGCGCACGGUACAGUUUCAACGGCACCGUGCGGAAGCUGUGGGUGCUGUCCUCAGACAAGCCACAUGCCCGGCAGAGCCAUACCAGCCCAAGAACUGAGAUCAGGAUGGCAGGAUACGACUACAGCUCCGGUGUGUGGCAGUUCGAAGGCUACGGUUACGUCCCCUCCGGCACGACGGGGGUGUCCAUCAUGCAGGUGUUCGGCGCCGGCGAGACGGCCACCACGCUCAUGCUGCACGUCUACGACGGCGCGCUGCGGUACUACGACCGGCAGAUCGUCGAGGAUGCCAUCUAUGACAGGUGGUUCCGGCUGAACGUGGUCCACGACGUGGAGGGGUCGACCCUCACCGUGUACAUCGACGGGCAGCAGAGGCUGCACGUCGACGGCCGCGGGGGCGACUCGCACUACUUCAAGUUCGGCGUGUACGCACAGAACCACGACUCGAGCUGCAUGGAGUCUCGCUGGAAGGGAGUCAGGAUUCUCAAGAAAGACACGUCACACUGA